GCUACUUAGUUGAAAAUGAACUAAGUUGGUAUUGUUUUGAUGUUUUUAGGUGCUGAUUGACAUAAUCGACUUGUAUAAGUUAAGUUUUACUUGUUUCAAAGUAAAACUAGUGGUAGUAGGUAGUAUUUGGUGAUGUAUUUGACUAUAUAUAUGUUGUUUUUCUAGUUGAAUGAAUGAGCUGAAUGAGCUAUCAGCCUUAGCUCCCUUGCUGCACGUUUGUGAGCAAGUAAAUUGUUUUUGUUUCUUCCUCCUUUGUUUUCUGUCUUGUUCUGUUUCUUUUUGCUGCUACCCUUGUUCCAACACAUGGUCAUAUCCCUGAAUCGUUUGGUGGUUUGAUUAGUUUGGAAUUCUUGGAUAUAUGCAAUAACAAUCUCUCUGGUGUCAUUCCCAAGUCUUUGGAAAAGCUUUUAUAUCUAAAGUAUUUUAAUGUGUCUUUCAAUAGACUUGAAGGGGAAAUUCCCAUCGAAGGAUGUUUUUCAAACUUUUCUAGCACAUCAUUCAUGAAGAAUUAUGCACUUUGUGGUCCACCUAGAUUGCUAGUCCCACCUUGCAAAAACGACAUCCACAAAAAUUCCAAAAUGACUUUAUUGCAUGCUUUUAGGUAUGGUUUACCAACAAUUGGUAUUGUCAUAGUACUAAUAGUCUUAACUAUUAUUUACAGAAGAUGCCAAAGUAGGGGUACAACUCUACCAAUUAGGGAUGAUUUGUUAUCUUUGAAAACACUGAGAAGAAUUUCAUAUUAUGAACUUUCACAAGCAACUAAUGGGUUUGAGGAAUGUAAUAUGCUUGGUUUUGGGAGUUUUGGAUAUGUAUAUAAAGGGAGGCUUUCAGAUGGAAUGGAAGUUGCAAUAAAAGUUUUCAAUUUGCAAAUAGAGGGAGCAUUUCAGAGUUUUGACAUUGAAUGUGAUGCUAUGCGUAAUAUAGUUCAUCGUAAUAUUGUCAAGGUCAUUAAUUGCUGCUCAAGUGUUGACUUCAAAGCCUUGGUGUUUGAUUACAUGUCUAAUGGAAAUCUUGAGAAAUGGUUACAUUCUAAUAACUGUUUCCUUGAUAUCAUACAAAGGGUCAACAUAAUGAUAGAUGUUGCGGCAGCAGUAGAACAUCUUCACAACGAACAUCCAACACCUAUAAUUCAUUGUGACUUAAAACCAAGCAAUAUUCUACUGGAUGAAGACAUGGUUGCACAUGUAGGAGAUUUUGGCAUUGCCAAAUUGUUGGGAGAAGGUGAUGUAAUGAAGCAAACCAUGACUCUUGCAACUAUCGGGUAUAUGGCACCAGGUGAAUUUUUUUAUUUUUGUAUGAUUAUUUUCUUGAUUUGCAUUUUAUAUUUUUGCUUCAUGCGUCUGUGGAUAUAUAUUUGAAUAAGCAUUUUAGAAAUAAUUAAGGAUUAAUGAUGCUCUAAUUAUACUUGAAAUGCAGAAUU